AUGGAAGAACAGGAUAAGUUGGUAGAGAAGUUGAUAGAGUUCGGAUAUCCAAAAGAAAUCUGUCUCAAGGUUGUCAAAAAGAGCGGUGCGAAAACAGUUGAUGAGGCCUUGAAUUGGAUCGAAGAGACAGAAGAAAAUGAAAACUACGACAAUGAACCGUUGAAUGAUAGUACAACAGUGGAUCGACUUGCUGACAGUUUUAAUGAUAAAGAAGACACAAGAGAGAAGGAAGGAGAAAAGGAAGGAGGAAAUAAUAAUACCAGCAGUGGUGAUCGCAAAGGAGGAGCAGGGGGGGGGAACCCCAACUGUGAAGGUAAAAGCAAAUUAACCCCAGAAGAAGCUCAAAAAAAGGCUCUGGAAUUGCAGAAAAAAAUUCGAGAGAAAAAGCUAUUAAAAGAGAAAGAAGAAGAAAUACAAAAGGAAAAGAAUCGAAUUGCUAUGGCAAAAGAAAUGCAAAAGAGAAGAGAACAAAUUGAAGAAUUUGAAAGAAAAGCAUAUUUAGAAAGUCUGGAAAAAGAAAAAAAUGAACGUAAAAAAGAAAAAGAAAAACAACUAGAAUUGUUGAGAAAAGAAUAUGAAGCAAAAUUUGGCAUUGCGUAUAAAAUGGAAAAUGAGAAAAAAAAAAAUAUUGAGGAUCUUACGGAAAAUGAAAAACGAGAAGAAAUAGCCAUUUUGCUUAACAGCUUAAAAAAUAAACAUAAGGAAAAUAAAAAAGAAUUAAUCGCUUCUCUUGCCGUUUUAAAAACGUACUUUGUGAAUAUAAAAGAAAACAUUCUCGAAAAAAAGUUUCAAAAAAUUAAAAAGGAGAACAAGGUGUUCCUUGAAAAAAUUAGGAUCCACGAGGAGAUGCUGAAGGUUUUUUUGCUUGUCGGGUUUGAGGAUACAGGUGACUUUUAUGUAAUUAAAAAUUACCCCAAUACGUAUUUACUCGCAUCAGCCAUUAAAUUUAUUGAUUUAAUUGUGAAGACAUUAAAUUCUUAG